CUGCCAUUCAACAUACAAUAGCACAGCAUUGUAUUCUGUUUUACUACAUAGCCUCAUGAAAGAGAAAUUGGUUACUCAUUUCUGGGUAUUAUCAAUGAUAGACAUACUACAACCCACAGUUAGAACCGAUCGAAGAAUCUACGUAACCAACCGUUUACAAAGCAUCUAGCACCUCCCACACGUCAUGAUGAUGUUCCCAGAACCAAUAUCCACCCCCCAAUGUCCCAUACCUGCCUGGUUUAUAUCAUAGCUGACUGAGUUAAGAUUCUGGACCCUGAGCAAUUGAUAUUUAAACCCUUUUUCUCUCCUUCUAAUUCUUCCCUAGCUAUCUAUCUACAUACACCUUUUGCUUGAACUUCAUAUACCUGUUAUAUCUACCUACCUACACCCUCAAACCUCCUUUAAACAAUAAUAAAAAUGUCCGCCCCCAACGCCGGCCGCCAGUCCCCCCCUCCAGAGCGCCAAACCGGCGCCCAGCAACAAGAACCUCCCUCGCAGGGCAAAGCCCAGCCUCAAUAUGCGCCACCCGAACACGACGUCCAGGAUCAGGCGGCCCAGACGGCCGGAUUGUCGAGUAACCCUAAGCACCCGUUGGAGGAUAUAGAGAGUGCGAAGUUUUCGAAGGGCGGUGUGGCUUAAUCUUCUCCUUUUUCCCUAUCUAAGAGAGGAUGGAAUGGGGGUGUGUUGUGAGAAUGGGAAUAAAUGUGAUGAAAUGUAUUUAUGAUGAUUUAAUAUGAUAUGAUAUAUUGUUA